AUGAUGAAAUCAAAUCAAAUCCCAUAUACAAAGGAGAUCAAAGCCUUCAAUUCCAACUCAAGAUGUUAUUAUUCUUAUAUAGCUUCACCAAUUGCUUUUAAAACAUUAUCUAAAAAGGAAUUUUCAGCUUUACAAACCAAAGUAUUCCCACAUUUCUUCCUUGCACAAUCAGUUUCACCAAUUAUUAUUGGAUUAACCGCUCCAUAUGCUUUAACCACAGGUGCUUUAAUUACUUUAGGUACUGCAAUUAUUGGUGGAUUAACAAAUUAUGCUUAUUUAUUACCAGAAACUAGAAAAAUCAAAGAAGCAAGAUUUAAAUUAGAAGAUGAAGGUAAAUCAGAUAGUGCUGAAUUUAAAGAAUUAAGUAAACAAUUUGGUAAAAUUCAUGGAUUUUCACUUUUAUUCAACUUGGUUAAUUUUACCGCUUUAACAACUUAUGGAUUUAUCUUGGUUAAAAAUAUAGUUCGUUAUGCACCAAAAUGA